CAGGGUAAGACUGUUAGUUCUUGGCUGGUGACUCGGAUGAAUGGGUGAGGUGAGUCGCCCCUGGGCUGGUUUCACCCUACCAACGCUGUAACUGUGUUAUUGGACUGAGCAAGGAGAGAGAGAUGGCGUGGAGCGCUGCGUGGUCCGCGGGAGCGCCGACGAUCGACCUCCGGGUGCUGCGAGCGCGGGGGCCUCUCGCCGCUGCCCUCUGCUGCGCCUCCGUAGCCGCCUCCCGCCUCUGGUCCUCUACCCCCUUCAGGCCCAUCUUCGCCUCCAUCUCCGCCUCCGCCUCCCCCACCGCCGGUAGCGUCCUCCCCCACCCUUCCUCUAAUAGCUUUUAUCUUGGUCUUCAUCUGCUUAAAAAGGAGGCUGUUCAGACAGAAAAGGCACCGGCAGCAUUGGGGCCAUAUUCUCAAGCUAUCAAAGUCAACAACCUUGUUUUUGUUUCUGGUGUUCUCGGUCUUGUUCCUGAGACAGGAAAAUUUGUCUCCAACAACAUUGAGGAGCAAACAGAGCAGGUUCUAAAGAACAUGGGAGAGAUAUUAAAAGCAAGUGGUGCAACCUAUGCUUCUGUUGUUAAGACAACAAUCAUGUUGGCAGACCUACAGGAUUUCAAAAAAGUAAAUGAGAUAUAUGCAAAAUAUUUCCCAUCUCCUGCACCUGCACGCUCCACUUACCAAGUAGCAGCGUUACCUAUGAAUGCUAGGAUUGAGAUCGAGUGCAUUGCUGCCCUCUAAUGCUGCUAGAAUCAUGCCUCGCACAUCAAAACUCUAAUACAGCCAUGGAUGUUGGUCGAUAUUUCUGAAUACUAUGAUGCUACUAAUAAGAAAGGUGUAUGGUCAACUUUUCUUGGAUGAAGUCAAACUUUGACUUUUGAGACAGCCAACAAAUAGAAUUCAAUUUCUCA